UAAUGAUUUGACGUUAUUAUGUCGCUAGUAAAAUGAUGAGCUUAGUGGCCGGUUGGUUGAUUUUCGUCAUUUUUCAUGGUUUAUCGCAUUUAAUUGUCGGAUAUGGAUUGGGAGGGUGUCCCAGGAUCGGGUAUAUGCCCGACUUCAAUUUGAGCCUUUUUACAGGUCACUGGUACGAAAUCGAAAGAUCAUUUUACCUAAUGGAACUAAUCUCGAGCUGCGUUAGCGUUGACCUCGAGACAAACCGAAAGGGCAAUUUAAACGUGUAUGUCAACUCAAAAAGCAGGGUAUCUGGUAUAUUUUCCAUAAGCCAAGGUGUGGCCACCCCAACCAAAAAAGACCCCAGCCUCUUACUCUAUAAAGUGAGCAGCAAAUUACCGAAGUUAAUUACGAAAUACCUUCCGGGAGCAGGAUAUUAUCAGAUCGUCCAUACCGACUAUAAGACUUACGCCAUUUUGUACUCCUGCUCGAAUUUUUACUUGUUUCAUACAGAUCUUGUAUGGGUUUGGGCCCGAAAGAAGGAAAUCGAAGCGGAAACUCGUUUGGAUAUCUACAAAAUUUUAAGUAAGAACCAUAUUGAUCCAGAGAGACUUACCUUGCCAAAGAAUAAAAAUUGUACUGAUGAUUAUUAAAAUAUAUAAAAUAUUAUGUU